AGGCACCCAAAUUCUCUAUCAUGGUUGACCAUGAAUCGGACUACGAUGUCGACGCGGCGAUCGACGUGCAAAAUGACAGUGAUAACGACAGCGUCUUCAGCGACGACAUCGAGGACUAUCCAGACGAGGACGAAUUGAAUGACGAUGCGGACAACUUCCUUGAUCAGAACGUAAUUGACGAUGUUACUGACAAGGACGUCGAUGAUGCAUCUUACGGCGACUUUCAAGAUGACUAUGACGAGUCGGAUGACUACGAUGGUGGAUAUAAUAGCGACAGUGACGCUGAAGCCGUUUUCCCAGAUGACGAUGUCGAUUCAGACGGCGGUGGCGAUGUGCAGCCCCAACUCAUGAACUUUGCUGCUCAACCACCUGCGGCGGCCCCGAUGGCUUUCCGCGCAGCAGCAGCAGCUCCAGCUCGUGCUAGAGCACCUGCUCCGACCCAAGGCAAAAAGAUGUGCCCCAUUUGCCGCAAGAAGCCUUGUUACUCUGAUGGAAAGACGACAUUUCCAUAUUGUGGCAAAACUUGUGCCGCCAAAGCAAAGGCCACCCUCUGUGUUGUUUGUCAUGCAAAACCCAGAUACCGCAGUGGAAAAACGACCUAUCCUUAUUGCGGUAAAACAUGUGCUGCAAAAGCGAAGGGUGGUGCUGGGCAACGUGGACUUUGCGAUUAUUGCCACAAGAGACCCAAGUACCAUGAUGGAAAGAAGACAUACCCCUUCUGCGGCAAGAGUUGUGCUGCCAAAGCUAAACCAACUCGUCCUAAACCUGUUGGACCGACGUGUGCCAUACCAGGGUGUAACAAGCCUGUCUAUAAACCAAAAAAUGGGAAAGCAGGCAAAUAUUGCUCUCGAAGCCACGUCGAGCUUGCUAAGGUUGCAUGCUUGGUGUGUCACAAGCGGAAAAGGUAUGGUAAAUACCCUUUCUGCGGGAAGGCUUGUGCUAGGCAAGUCGAAAGGAGAGCUCCUACACUCCUGGAGGUUCCAGCGGGCCACGUUAUGUUCCGUGAUGUCGAAAAUCAGUUCAAGAAAUCCUGGAGGAGCGGGAAUCCUCCUCCAAUCAAGAAAUUAUACAAACUGAUCGAGCGUAAUUCCUCGGUUGUCAAAUACACUAGGUAUCGCGCAAGCGUUGAAGCCCGUGGACAUUUCAGACGUAGGAAGUUAGCUGCAGGAAAUGAACGUAGGCGUUGGCACGGAACUAGGAGGGAAUGUAAAGUUGGCGAUCCUGGAAAUAGGCACUUCUGUGGGUCAGCGACCUGCAGCCUCUGUAUAAUUAUGAGGACUUCUUUCGACUUGUCAAAGGCUGGCAAGAAUUACACCAGUUUAAGAUUUGGCCCCGGCAUUUACACCUCGUCUACAUCUGCGACUGCUGGUGGAUACUGCCGCAACGUCCAAGCAUCACCUUACAAGGCUCUUCUGCUAGCAAAGGUCGUCGUGGGUAGAACGAUCAAACCUGACCAGGACCACAACGACUGGAAAGCCCCACCCAAGGGAUAUGAUUCAGUUGUAGCUAAAGGAACUGCUGCAGGAGGCGACGAGCUGAUCGUAUAUACCAACGAUGCUGCCAGACCUUCUUACCUUAUUGUGUUCCAGGGAUAGUAUUACCGAGCACUAUUAGGCUGCAAAUGAACUCUCGUUUCUUGUCACGGUGUUGUGUUUAUGUACUCUUAUCAAGAUAACACGUAACAAGAAAAUGAUUUUGACACAUGUAGGUUUUGCAACCUCGCAAUA